UUAAUACAAAGACAAAAACGACAUCGUACACCAUUCUUAAACCCUUCCUUUUCACGUCGUCGUUUCAGCUCUCUCCCUCUCCGUAGACCGUAAUCUGUAUCAUUUUCAUCCCCAAAUGUAAAAACCCUAGAAUCCACACUCGCUCAAGUAAACCUUCACUUUCUCCAAAAUCAAACCUUCGAUGUCCUCCGAAGACAUCUCCCUCAACGGUCUGAACUCACAGCUCGUCUUUCAGGACGACGCCUUGCGCUUCAACUGUCAGCAGCAGCAACACCGGGUCGGUGAUCCGGGUCCGAAGACCCGAGAACUCACUGGUUUCAUCGACGACAAGAUCUUCUCCGUCGACCGCGACCGUUAUUUCCGAUCCCAAUCCGCAAUUUACGACCCCGAACCCCACGACCGCAGGGACCCGCGAGACACACGAGACUGGAACGGCCACGCCACGUCACCGAGCACGGACGAGUCUGACGGCGAGGAAGACGAUAUUGACGAUGAAGACGACGAGGCUGACGAUGAUCAAAUCGAAGAAGCUCACAACAACACCAAGAAAAAUAAUAAUAAUAGUUGUAGUAAUAAUAAUAACAAAAAUAAUAGUGCGAAUUGUAGUGUGAUUACGGGUGCAGUGGAUAAAACGAAGAAUGGGGGGUUUAUUAAGAAUUGUAAUGGGGUGCAAACGGUUAAUAAUAGUAUGGUGACGGUGGCGGAGGCGGAUGGUGACGUAUACUAUUCACAGUAUUUGCAAGGGAGUAAUGAGGGCUCAUCUGGGUCUGGACAGAAGGACUGUGUUAUGGUGGAUAAUGGUUGUGGGAUUAGUGGGUCUGGAGAUUCGUUACGGACCAUUUUGUCUGAUCCUAUCAUGGGAGCUCUCAUGGAUGAUGCAAUGAUAUUGCCUUGUGGACAUUCUUUUGGAGCUGCUGGAAUACAGCAAGUUCUUAGAAAUAAAGUUUGCUGCACCUGUUCACGUCCUGUUUCAGAAGACUCAGUAGCUCCAAAUCUAUCUCUCCGAGCUGCUGUGCAGGCAUUUCGUAGAGAGGAAGAAUUACAAUAUUACCGCUCAUGUAAGAGAAGAAGAGAAAGGUUUGACCAGGACAAGGGUAAUUUGGGUGAUUCUUCUUUAAUGGAAACUCCAAGGGGUCGAGGUGUUCAGUUUCCUUUUGCUGUAACAGAUCGGGUUAUCAUAAAGGGGAACAAAAGGACACCACAACGCUUUGUUGGACGUGAGGCUGUUGUUACUACACAAUGCUUAAAUGGAUGGUAUGUGGUGAAGACUUUGGACAACGCAGAAAGUGUAAAACUGCAGUAUCGCUCGCUUACCAAGGUUUCUGAUGAUCUAUCUGCCGCAAAGCCAAUGUCAAGCAAGAUGGCAUCAAACUGGCUCUAGACCUGCUGUAAAGAAAAUACUUAAUACAGGGAUGUGAUACUUGGUUGAAAAUAUGCUACGUUUCAAAUCUUCAAUCUAACUCUUGCUCAAACAAUUCUGUUUGUACGGUUACUACCUUUUUUUUCUGACAAUCAUUGUAAUAUGUCUUGUAAAUUAUAGAAAAAGCCCUUCCACAUUGUAAUCUGAGGACAAUAAUGCAUUUGAGGUCUCAGUAGUACAUAAAUCAAUUUUGAUUUAAUAUUUGAGCAGCUAUA